AUGCACCCUGACGGUCAACCUCGGACGGCCAGUCGGCAGAUGAAGAACUGUGAUCGUCGAAAAACGCGAAGACAAGUUCGUCGGCGACAGCAAAAGUCUACCUCUUUGGAUAUAACUGCGAAGGAUCGAAUUACGGAAGUCCGUAGGCUGAAAGAAAUCGUCCCCGGUCUUCAGGACCGGUCUUGCCUCGACGAGGUGAGCAGAUUUAUAGCCUCAAUUCUCUGAAACCCAGUAGCUCUUUUUUUCUUUUUUGAAGAGGUAGGGGAGACGCUUAAGUAAUGAUCCGACAACCUGGUCAAGAUGACACAACCCUUAUGUGAAGUCCAUUGUCAGUCACGGUACACCAUGAUCCACUAUAAACCGUCUUGAAGGCACUUUUGGAUCAUCUUGUAUUUUACACCACAUGUAGACUCCAUUUUUUCCCGAUUUUGAAAGGACUAAUAAAGACGGUUAGAUGUAGGAUAAGAAGUUAGCUGUGACAAAACUCUGAUCUAGAGCCUUGGGGAGGUUUAUCGGUGAACCGAAAAGCAAAAAAAUCUGGCACAACAGAGUAGCGACUUUCUCCCUGAACCUUUAUUGAUUUUUUAGGUAACAAUAAUCGAAGAAACCAUCAGCUUUAUCACGCGACUUGAGGAUGCUGUUCUUCGCAAAUACUUCCCACGGGACCUACACAGGACAGGUAAGCUCAUUGUGGUGGAAGAAUGCGAUUUAAAAAAUAAAUUCCCAGUUUGUAUUUUGUAUUUAAUAUCUUACAAAUGGUAAUAUUGUCUUUGCUAUUGUCUCAUUUGCUCUUAUUAUCGUUUCUCAUCAGGUGCGAGGAAUUAUUCGAGCCAAAGUCGUCUCGCUCUGAUGGCAUCUAAGUGCCUUGGUAGCAGUUAUUCUGGAAAAAUUUGAGCUGUUUUUAUAAUUUAAAUGACAGCUGAAUUUUCUGAAGUGGCUUUACGACCACAACGUAAAAACGCAUGGUUAGUUCUUCUUCUUCUUCUUCUUCUUCUUCUUCUUCUUCUUCUUCUUCUUCUUCUAAGGCCUAUCACCUUCUAGGGCGCACAUUUUAAUAUUAAAAUGUGACAAAAACAAUGUCAUAAUUCCGACUAGAUGCACAAAACCUUUUCCACGAACGGGCUCUUGCAUCCCUGCAAACCGACUUUCACUGUCCUUUUGGUUCAUCGGUUGCCUCCAUUCAGCUGAACUGCAGAGAACAGUGGCAUAUUUGUAGUGGGCAUGCCAAAGACGAACGUAGUGAGCUGCAGAUGUCUACCUGCCGGGUCAGAAGGCCCAUGAUAACUGAAGUUAUCCACUUGACAUCAGCUCAAAUAAUACGUAGUGCAGAAAGAGUGCUGCAACAUAAAAGGGAGACUGGAACUCCUACUUUUGGUUUGCUUGUUGUUGUCUGUCAGCCGUAUAGUAACCAUAGGCCUGAAUAACGAAGAGGUCAAACCAGCACUCUUUAGUAAUGAGGCGUUUUCAAUCGCUCUAUCAGUGAGCCACCGAUUUGUUACUCUGCUGACCAUGACCGGAAAAGAAAUGUUUGUUCUAAUGGAUCGCCACUUCUAGAAUGUUCAUAGGUAUUUUGGCAGAUUUUGAAUAAUUCAUAUUGACCCAACUGUGAAAAACUCGGCGCCUCGGUGGGAUUCGAACCCACGCAGUAAGGAGAAGGCUUUAGUACAGCCAACGCUCUAACCACUUGAGCUACGAGGCCCCGCCGGACGACUCGAGCUUAAUCACAUUUGGGUCAAGUUUACCCGCCCAACCUACUGCAACGUCUGGAAUCCACCAAAUCUGAUACAGUAAGUUGACUGCCCAAGCGGGAUGUCCUAAGUAAUUCACCUAGAAUCCACCAGAUGACUACCAGGCUCACGUAAUUCAUAGGCACUUUGGCAGAUUUUGAAUAGAAUGAUUGUUAAUAAUGACCUUAGGAGAUGAGCCGAUCCGGCGGACGCUCCGCGAACAGUGUUCGCCGUCCCUGAGCGCAGUUGAGGCGACUUGUGACUCCUUAAUUGGUCACCUUUCCUCUCAAGAUUUAAAGUCCACCCACCACUAAGGUUAUCUGGUCACGGUUCCACUUCGUCGACGCGCCCAUCUAACUUUAUUCACGCAGCCACCCGCCAGUAGUUGGUAACAACUCCUCAGUAUAGAUGAGCACAAAUUUCGCUUACUAGGAUUGUUUCCGAUCGGUGAGGUUGGCAUGCCAACACAACAUGAUCUAGAAGCUGGGUGAGACUGAAAGGCAGCAUAUUUAAGAGUGGAUGCCAGAAACAGCCUGGACCUGGAGUGUGCAAAGUGGGGUUGGGUUGACACUGGCGGAUGACUACCAGUAAUUCGAACAUGGCCAUUCCAUUGCCCUAGUCUUUGGUACAGAACUGUUUCAGUCAAUCUUCAAAGUUUUACAUAAAUUUACCCUCAUUUUCUGACCUCUGUCCCCCCCCCCCUUUGCUAUCAUAGCUUGACCGAGUUCGGCUUGGCAGUUGGCUGUCUGUUCUUGACCGAUGUCCCUCGUACGGAGCUAGUUUGCUGGGGGAGGCCAGCAGACCGGUGUGCGUCCACCCCUGCUUGAAUAAAUAUUAGAUCUGCAGCGACAGAGCAUGACAGGUGGCGAGGCGUCGAUGAAUUUCGUUUCGUUGAAGUGCCUAUGAUCCACCUGCCAGACGCCGUCUGUGGACCAUCUGCGCUGUGUGCGAAGGCACGUUUGCGUUUUUAGCCCCAGAUGGCCAGGGUUAGGAUUGACUGGAUGAAGGCAGAAUAGGCCUGAAACAAUUCUUUACACCCGCAUCCAUCUGGUUCUGAAUCUUUACGGAGGAAAACUUUGUUGAAGAAGGAGACACGAUCGCUGGGACAAGAGCUUUAUUAGCCUGACGUUUCGGAUUCCUGCUCGAAUCCAUCAUCAGAGACAACAGCAAAUACGGGUGACUCAUGCACAAGGGGCUGCAGUAUUUAUAGGAUGCAGUCGCCAUUCUACCGCAUUCACGGCUCCCACCUUCAUCCGAGAUCGUUGCACUUGGUGUGUUAAUUGUUUGAUGGCCGACAUUCGCGCCGUUAAUUGAUGCAAUGUCAUCACGUGCGUUGGAUGUUGGUGUGAUGAUUGCUCGACCAUCUGACGCACCGACCCUGGUGUCGGGACAAGUGUUCACAUGUGCGUUCCCCGCGUGGCUAAUUACUCCGCCUAGGCGAAGCCUCAGCACCGAGUAUGGAAGGGGAAGUUCAUUGCACUUGCUAAUGGAAUGGGGGCCAGUAAACCAUGAUUCAAGUAGCUCCCCGCUCACGCGAUUGUCACCUCAUGCGAGAAUUUCGACCUCGUCGAAUUUGAAUGUGUGGCCGGAUCUCGUCGAAUGAGCCGCAACUUGAGAGCUGGCGUCAUUUCGCCGCACCGCUGCAGCGCGUUCGGCCAUUCUCGUUCGGAGCUGUCUUCUUGUUUCUCCGACGCAGUUGCUUUGUCCGCAACUGCACCAGAUUCGAUAAACGACUCCAGACGUUUCUAGCCGUGGCAGCGGGUCUUUCGGUUUCAUUAUCAGACGCCUGAUGGUUGCCUCCGGUCUGUGUGAAGGGGGGAGCCGUGAAUGAUCAUAGGUAUGCGGUAGCAUGGCGACUGCAUCCUGUAAAUACUGCAGCCCCUUGUGCGUGAAUCAACCGUAUCUGCUGUUGUCUCUGAUGAUGAAUUCGAGCAGGAAUCCGAAACAUCAGGCUAAUAAAGCUCUUGUCCCAGCGAUCGUGGCUCCUUCUUAAAGACUACUUCCUGGUACUCGUCUCUUCGCUUCUAUUGAAAACUUUGUUAUAUUCAACUACUAUAGGACUUAUGUGAAGGCGAUGAUCCCAUUCCAGAAGUAGUGUGUGCGCAGCGUAUGGGUCGCACAGGGGAAUAUAGGUCUACCCCUAUUGCAGGUGGCCGCGCACUAAAUUCCAGGGGGACACUUAUUUCCGUGUCCCAACUUUAAACCUAACACGAGCCUAAACGCCUCGUCCCCCUCCCUCCCCCGGAGUUUAGUGCAAUGCCACCUGUAAUACGGGAGUCCAUAUUCCUAUGAACUACAAAUUUACUGAUCUAGUCGAAGAGGGAUCAUAUCUUGUUCAGUGAUGGAUCUACUUUUCAAAACGACCCAGCACAAUGUUGUUAUGCUAAUUUUUCGAGAAUAUCCUAGCGGACGCUUCCUACAGUGACCUUUAAGAAAUGGAGAAUAGAGGCUUUGUGUUGGGAGUCCUUCGGAUUCUACACCCCUGGAUUCUCCCGAUUCAGGUCUGAUAACGGCAACCGUUCACCUCAAAAGAAUUACAAAUUUGACUGGAUUUAGAGAACAAAUUUAGGUGGUGGUGAUGGUGAUGGUGAUGGUGGUGGUGGUGUACUAGAUAACGCCCGGAGGUACUUAAAAUGUCGUCCACAACUGCACUGAUCGUUUUCGAAUUUACAGGGACAUUCCUGGGGUCAUCCCUAAGGCGUUACCUGACGUUUUGGCACUUGCAUACUACCUUCCUUUCGAUUUUAGUCUCUGCACAAAAAAUGAAUUAGCAUCUAUGCCACUGAGAAAAUGGUUGAGAUUCGUCCGAUUUCAAAGAAUGGUACAGUAAUUUGUACGUGCAUCUACCAUCUUUGCGGCUUGAGUUGGAACUGCACCGCACUGCUCUUCCUGUUGGAUACAAAGGGUGGUACGCUGUAAAGAUGGCGGGCUUCUCUUUAUUGACAUGACGACAUUUGUUCGGCAGAAAAUGACUGAUCUUGGUGUGUUCGUAUGGGGUCACAGGUACGAAGUAAAACUUUGCACGGGCUCACUUGCCAGAGGAAGGAACUGAGGACUGACAUCCAUUCUUAUUUGUCCUUUACGACUGUAUAUGUGCAAACGCUAUUCUUCCUAGGCAUGAUCUGGAUACGUCAGAAUGCAGGCGAUAAAUUUGUCAACUCAGAAACAGCCAAAAAUUCACUAAAUUAUCAGGUUUUUUGAGUAUAUUUCCUAGAUGUUUCAAAAGCUUAAGUCGUGGCGAGAUUUGUAUUUACAAUUUUCGAUUUCUGAAUCUUGCAGAUCCAGAUCGGCCCCAGCUUCAUCCGCUGCUGAAGCAUUUACUCCCCCAAAGGCCUGCCAUUGACCAUCCUCACGAGGGAGAAACUGCUACGACGGCCGCCACACAGCUGACUCCCACCCCCGCGCUGCAUUUUAGCCGUGGUUGGUGCCGAACAAGUGCCGACUGGAGUACCGAAAGUACUCCCUGUCAUACCUCGGACGACGAAGACGUCACCAGUAUCUGA